AUGCCGGUCAGGGAUUACGGGGUUUGGAAAGCCCUUCCGGUCCAUUAUGAGUUUGAAGAUCACUACGAGGACCCCAAGUCUCCUCAUCUCUCCUUGUACUAUCAUGAUAACAAAACAACCACUCCAAAGUUCGACCGUGCCUAUCGACGCAGGCACAAGGGCAGACCCCGCGACAAGAAGAAAUCAUGGGAGAUUCCUGGACUCUUCCGCGCAGCCAUCAACAUCAAAUCAAAAGACAAGGAGUCCAGACUUGCCUAUUUUGUAAACCACAAUCUCGCCGAGCACCUUAUUGCUGAGAAGUUGGCCAACCUCGAUUUUGGCUUCCAUUCGAUGGAAGAGGUAGACGAACUAGACGGCAAAGGCCUGGAUUACAUUCGUGGGAUGCUUUUCCACUCUACCGAUGGUCGUGUUCUUCCCCACGAUAUCCCUGGAGACGACAAUGAUAUUAUUGACGUCCUGGAACCUGAAGUCAGCAAAGCCAUUGACCAGCGAGCAACCAUCUAUUUAUUCGGCUCGAUGUUCGAUUCACGAGAUGGAAUUCACAAUGUUCAUAUGAACCAGGGAAAUAUCUCGAACUUCAGGAAGGAUGAUGGGGUGUUCCAGGACGGGGGACUGCUCAUUCAGUACGACGAUCACUGGACAGGUGUUUUCCUUGCAUUCGCCUCACAAGCUGUCCACACCGAUGAUAAUGAUGGCCACGCAUUGGAACCAUUAGUGACAUGGACAGACGUGCUACCCGUCGAUCGCGUGGAAAAUUCGGUAACGAUCACGGAAGCACUGGUCAACCCACGGGGCGCAGACGAUCGAGCGGCACGGACCAAAGAGUCCAUCACGCUGGGGAAUCUCACCAGUCACAAAGUAUCCUUGGAAUCAUGGAGCUUCCACAACUCGGCUGGCCAGACCCAAGACCUGCCGCGAAACGCGGUCUUGGCUCCUCGAGCCAUGCGGAAGUUCGAGGUACCCAACUGCCCUCUUUCCAACAGCGGUGACACCAUCACUCUACUCAAUGAAAAAGGCCUGAGGGUCGACGGUGUGAGCUAUGGGCGGCGGCAGGGGCAGCAAGAGGGCCGUCCCAUUGUAUUUGCUCAUUGA